ACGAUGAGGUUGCUGAUCACCUUUACGGCUGUGUUAGCCGUUGUUUCCGCACAGACAGCCUCUAAUCGAUUCCCCGAUGACUUCAUGUUUGGUGCUGCAACAUCCGCAUAUCAGGUCGAAGGAGCCUGGAAUGAAGAUGGCAAGGGAGAGAGCAUCCAGGACAACUUCUUCCACAACCAUCCGCUAUUCAUUCUAGAACAGAACGGGGACGUUGCCUGCGAUUCUUACCAUAAGUACAAGGAAGAUGUUCAGAUGCUGAAGGCGCUCAACGCGGACGUGUAUCGAUUUUCCAUAGCCUGGCCACGAGUGUUGCCUAACGGGGACCUCGACGUCAUCAACCAGGCUGGUAUCGACUACUACAACAACCUUAUCAACGAACUGCUCGCCAACGGAAUUCAGCCUCUGGUAACAAUGUACCACUGGGACCUCCCCCAAGCACUGCAGUACAUCGGAGGCUGGUCCAAUGAGUUGCUGGCCGACUACUUCGUUGAAUACGCCAGGAUACUCUUCGAGAACUUCGGAGAUAGGGUGAAAUGGUGGAUCACAUUCAACGAGCCCCAUCAGUUCGUGGAAGGCUACGCGGUGCCGUGGGGUGCACCAGGUCAGCGUGCUCCGGGAAUCGGCGACUACCUGGCCACACACACCGUCAUCAAAGCUCACGCCCGGGUCUGGCACCUCUACGAUGAGCAGUACAGAGCCACACAGAACGGUAGCGUGGGAAUUACGCUUAAUAUGGAUUGGCCUGAACCAGAGACUAACUCGACAGAGGAUGCAGAGGCAGCUGAAAGAGCACGACAGUUUGUGAUGGGUAUGUUUGGUCAUCCUAUUUACAGUAAGGAUGGGGAUUACCCAGCCGUUGUUCGACAGCAAGUGGAUGCCAACAGCAAGGCUGAGGGACGGCCCCGAUCAAGGCUACCAACCUUCACACAGGAAGAGAUCGAGUACAUUAGGGGUACGGCAGACUUCUUUGGGAUGAAUAAUUACAACGCGACUUUCGUGACGCCAGGCAUCAGAGGCCACAACCCUUCCAAAAAGCGGGACACCGCCGUAAUUACAUCGGCUCCUGAGUCUCAUGCUUGGGGACUUCGGAAACAACUUAACUGGGUUGCCACUCAAUAUCCAGGAUAUCCGAUCAUUAUAACAGAGAACGGUCACUUGAAUCUCGGAGGACGCAACGACACUGACCGCAUCGAGUACUAUACUGAAUACCUCGGAGCCGUCUUAGAGGCGAUAUACACUGAUGGUGUUCCAGUUAUCGGCUACACGGCGUGGAGUCUCAUGGACAACGUGGAAUGGUACAGGGGUUUCACGGUUACGUUCGGGCUGUACGAGGUGGAUACUAGCAGUCCAAACAGGACGAGGACACCCAAGGAAUCGGUUGGCUUUAUGGCAGAAGUCUUCCGCACCAAGCAGCUGCCCAACCAGUACAAACAGUAGGAGGUUCCGCACUUACCACACGAGGCAUAUAUUAGUUUGUCAACGCAGUGUUUUAUUAAACCAUUUAAAAAACGCAGUGCAGUUAAAUGACGAAACAGAUGUAUUGUCAGAAAGUAUUGAAUGUAAAUAUGUCAACAUACUUCCUAUGUAAC